AAACAGCAACAGCAGCAGCCGUCAAAAUGAAUCGCACACCACUUAUUUCAUCAUAUUUUACUACGGUCGUACGACAAAUUGUGCUUCAGUCAUCGUACGAUUUAGCUGGUGUUCGGAUUUAAGUGAUUUGUUUUAACGAAACAACACAUUCCAAUUUCAUUUCUAAUUUGCUGAUUUGAAUUAAAAUUUAAACAGUUUUUUUUUCACAAAUUUUUCAAUUGUUUUGCCACCGAAUUUAAUUCACAUUUCAAAAUGUCACAAAAAGCCGAUAUUGCAUUAAUUGGUUUGGCUGUCAUGGGUCAAAAUUUGAUUUUGAAUAUGGAUUCACAUGGAUUCGUUGUGUGCGCCUAUAAUCGUACCGUUGAUAAGGUGACACAUUUCUUGAACCAUGAAGCUAAAGGAACCAAAGUCAUUGGAGCUACCUCAUUGGCCGAUAUGGUCAGCAAAUUGAAAACACCACGCAAAAUUAUGCUCUUGGUAAAAGCCGGAUCAGCUGUUGAUGCUUUCAUUGACCAAUUGGUGCCAUUAUUGUCGCCCGGAGAUUUGAUCAUUGACGGUGGCAACUCGGAAUAUCAAGACACCGCACGUCGUUGCGAUGAAUUGAAGAAGAAGAAUCUGUUGUACGUUGGUUCCGGUGUGAGCGGUGGCGAAGAAGGUGCACGUUACGGUCCAUCAUUGAUGCCAGGUGGUCACAAAGAAGCAUGGCCAUUGAUUAAGGACAUUUUCCAAUCGAUUGCUGCCAAAUCGGGCUCAGAUCCAUGCUGUGAAUGGGUUGGUGAAGGUGGUGCCGGUCACUUUGUUAAAAUGGUUCACAACGGCAUCGAAUACGGUGACAUGCAAUUGAUCUGCGAAGCAUACGAUUUGAUGAAAGCCCUUGGACUCAAUCAAAAGGAAAUGGCCAACGCUUUUGAUGAAUGGAACAAAGGCGAAUUGGAUUCAUUUUUGAUUGAAAUCACACGCGACAUUUUGAAUUACAAAGACGAAAAUGGUUAUUUGUUGGAACGUAUUCGUGAUACAGCCGGUCAAAAGGGUACGGGUAAAUGGACAGCAAUUGCUGCAUUGCAAUACGGUGUACCAGUUACGCUCAUUGGCGAGGCCGUCUUUUUCCGUUGUUUGUCCGCAUUAAAAGAGGAACGUGUUCAUGCUAGCAAACAAUUGAGCGGUCCAAGUGGCAAGAAAAGCGUCGCUGAACGUGCACAAUUUUUGAACCACAUCAAAAAUGCAUUGUAUUGCUCGAAAAUUGUAUCGUACGCUCAAGGUUUUAUGUUGAUGCGUGAAGCAGCCAAAGAAUUCGAUUGGAAUUUGAACUACGGCGGUAUUGCUUUGAUGUGGCGCGGUGGUUGUAUCAUUCGUAGCCGUUUCUUGGGCAACAUCAAAGAAGCAUACACUCGCAAUCCACAAUUGUCGAACUUGUUGUUGGACGAUUUCUUCAAGAAGGCUAUCCAAAGUGGCCAAGAAUCAUGGCGUCAAGUUGUUAGCCAAGCCGUUCUAUGGGGCGUUCCAGUGCCAGCAUUGUCAGCCGCUCUUGCCUUCUACGAUGGAUAUCGUGCAGAAAAAUUGCCAGCCAAUUUGUUGCAAGCACAACGUGAUUACUUCGGUGCCCACACCUACGAAUUGCUCGGCAAAGAAGGUAAAUUCGUUCACACAAACUGGACCGGUACUGGUGGCAACGUUUCAGCCAGCACUUACGAUGCAUAACAAUUUGAAUGACAGUCAUUUAACAACACAUUCGGAUUAACUUUCAAUUUUACAAUAAACAUUAUUAUGAGAAAUUGUAUAUGAUUUAACCGAAAUUUUCAGACAUUCCAUGUCUACAUCCCUAUCUUUUCUUGACAAACUUCUUCUAUUUUGUACAAAAAAAAAAUUUGUUAAUGCACAUUUUUUACGACUUUUUACUUACUUAUGGAUGGAAUUCUACGUUGAAGUUGGAAUAAAAAAAAGAGAAAAUUUAAA